GUUUAUUCCUAUUUGGGUUACAUCAUUUUGAUGUGACUUCCUGUUUUGGACAUCCUAUUGUCCUUGGCCAUUGUCCUCGAAAAGCACAAUGGACGGCGGAAUGGAAACUCGGCUACCGACGCGACGGGUUUUGUCUUCUCUUUAUCAUAAUACAAGCCUAUCUUCUUCCCUCCUCUUCCACCACCUACUUCGUUUCGACGGUCUUUCUUCAUGUUUUCACGACUCUGUUUAACCUUAAUGCUUUCUGCGUGGGGUGCACGAGCUGCAUCCUCAUCGUUCAACUCAUCGACUGCCAUUGUGUGCGUUGCGGGCCAAUGUCUGCAAGGUACAUCGAAUACAUCCCUCGGGGUAUCUGUUUCCGCAUCAGACGUGAACCAAAGUGUCAUUCUACUACCGGGCCAAUACACCGCGACGACGAACCCUCAACUCGUUCACGAUCUUCUCACUUCGCCUCACGCCUCGUUAAUACCGUCGCCCGGCUUCGGCCUCAACUCGACGUCCUCACUCUCCCUUCCGUUGAACGUGGCGGUCUCGCCUGGCUUAUCCAUCUACUCCGACUCUCUCUAUUCUGGCAAAGCCGCCUUUAGCGUGCUGCCGUCCGCCCCCGUCGGAAAUGUGUCCGUCCCACUCGCCGCGCAGUCGCUUGCCAUGUCUUCGAGCGUCUGGGCCGCUGUCUCGCUCGGCUCCAACGGACGCGUCGUGUUCUGGGACUCCAUCCCCGACACGGCCCAGCUCCCCAUCACCUCCACCUCGUCUAUGGCACUGCUCGACAUGCAGUCCUCGACCUGCUCCACGCCCUGCGCCAGCUCGGGCACCUGCUCGUCGUCGGGCACCUGUGUCUGCGCGCCCGGAUUCAACGGCACGUCCUGCGAGACCUGCGCUCCUGGAUUCUUCGGGCCCACGUGUCAAGCCUGUCCCGCAGGAUGCGCGGUGUGCGAUCAGGGCAUUACGGGGUCGGGACGGUGUCUCUCGCCGCCGUUCAAGAGCCCGCUGACGACGUGCAAUUGCUUAAACGGAGAGUGCGCCUCGGAUGGCACGUGUGCGUGUAACCCGGGGUGGGCAACCGCCUCCAACGGCACAGCUUGCGCGAAGUGUGCGCCUGGGUUUUUCGCCACGUCUAAUGGGGACUGUAAAGUCUGCCAGCUGGGAUGCACAACUUGUGCCGAUGGAACCGGGAACUGCAUCACCUGUGGAUCAAAGUACACCCAAGACCAGAACGACGCGACGAAGUGUACGACGCUCCCGAGCACCGCCAACGGCGUCACCUGCCCCGACGGCAGUUUCGGGAACGGGGCAACCUGCUCCGCCUGUUCCGCCUCUUGCGCGACUUGCACCGGCCCUACAUCCAACGAUUGCACGACCUGUACCUCUUCGCAUUACUUGACGAACAACGGCAGCUGCGUGACAGCUAGCAACACUGGAGUCUGCGAGGGCUCUAAUCUCAUUGCGGAUAAUAACAAGGGCGAAUGUGACACUUGCGGUGCCAAAUGCACGACCUGCGAGAUCAGCACUUUCAAUGUCGCUUCCACGGUCAAUCAGCUCAAAUGCACUGGCUGUCUGACGGGCAGUGUGCUUUCCAAUGGCCAAUGCAUCGAUUCAUGCCCAUCCGCAACCUUCCUUUCACCGCGGGACAAUGUCACUUGUACAGCCUGUGAUUCGAGCUGUUCUACUUGCGCUGGCUCGCCUACGACCUGUUUGACAUGCGCCAACAACCAACUGGCAGUUAACGGCAAAUGUGUCUCGACCUGUCCCUCCAACACUUUCUCGUCCUCCGGCGUCUGUCUCGAUUGCCAUCCUGAUUGCGCCACUUGCAGUGGAGGCUCGUUCUCUCAAUGUCUGUCUUGUCCCUCAGAUCGACCCGUGCUGAGCAACGGCCGAUGCCUUCCCACGUGCAACAAGAACCAGUUCUUCGAAACGUCUUCGAGUUCGUGUCAGUCCUGCGACGCAAGCUGCUCGAGUUGCUCGGGAUCCGGCGCGAGCCAGUGUUUGGCUUGUGCUAGCUCAAGCCAAGUGUUGCGGGCCGGGACAUGUGUGUCUGCUGCUUGCACGAACUCGACGAGCGUCAUCCCUGGGCUCGGCUUGUGUUUGUCUGAUUUGGUGGUUGUGACCGAAGUUGCUGCCAAAAACACAACGAUCUCUCAACCAACCAAGCCGACAACACCUACCCCACCUCCCGCCAAUACGACGACGGUUGUCAAACGGCCGCUUGCUUGGUGGGAGAUCCUGCUGAUGGCCUUGGGGUGUGCGUUCAUCUUCGUGCUCGUGAUGAUGUGCUUCCGCCGCCGGGCCCGCAACCGCCGUGCGAAGCGGACGGCCGCCUUUGCGACCUCCAAGAAGCUGAAUCCCGCCACGAACUGGCGAUGGCGCCUGCUACGGUUUGGCGAAAAGCUGUUUGGGCACCGAGCCAGUCGGCGGGCGGUAGUUCCUCAGGCGGUGGCGCCGGAGUUCGAGAGCGAGGCCAUCAAGCUGAUGAAGAUUCGCAAUGCCGAGGAGGCGAGGCACCACAUGGAGAUGGAGAAGCUGGAGCUGUUCGGCGCAUACGAAUAUUCUCGCGCUGGAUCGUUGCACUCGCGGGCUGGAUCUAUUCAUUCGCGGUCGAGCACCACACCGUCUGUUCUCCCCCCGUUGAACGGUGGCAAGCGGAUCGCUCCGGACAACAUGACCCGUUCCUCGAUCUACUCGCAAGUGACCGGUAUCCCCCGAAACGCUCCGGAGCCGAGACAGCCCAUAAACAAGCUGGACCGGUAUCCCAGCAGUGCUGGAUCGUACAUGUUCCGCUCGGAGGACGCGCGAUUGGUCGAUGUCGAUCCGCCUUCCGGACGGCUUACGCCCGCUCAGGCCUACGCCGACAACUUUCGCCGGCCAUCGCCCCCGCCGAGUAGUCGGGGCGGAUACUGGCUCGAGCCAGUCAAGACGGGGACGUCCUCGAACAAUAACCCGUUCAGACGCUGAUAUGCGCACCUGUAUUUAAAUCAACUCUAUCCUAGACGGACCUUUUACAUUAGUGAACAUUUUACGCAUAGCAUACAUACAUCUUUUGUAUUUUUCCAUUAUAGCCCAUUGUAUUUCGAGUCUCGUUGCACUGCACGAAAACUGAC